AUGUGCGGGCCAGCGACCGACGCGUGCUUCAUCCGCGUGAUUGGCUCCGAGCUGGUGCAAAAGUACGUCGGCGAGGGGGCGCGCAUGGUGCGCGAGCUCUUCCAGAUGGCUCGCUCGAAGAAGGCGACCGACGCGUGCUUCAUCCGCGUGAUUGGCUCCGAGCUGGUGCAAAAGUACGUCGGCGAGGGGGCGCGCAUGGUGCGCGAGCUCUUCCAGAUGGCUCGCUCGAAGAAGGCGUGCAUCGUCUUUCUCGACGAGGUCGACGCGAUUGGCGGCACGCGGUUCGACGACGGCGCGGGGGGCGACAACGAGGUGCAGCGCACGAUGCUCGAGAUCGUCAACCAGCUGGACGGCUUCGAGGCGCGCGGCUUGGCGAGUAGCGACGGGGGACUGCGGCACACUGCACGCCGCGACGCUAGCACGCACGCACGCGUGGCAAGACGGCCGAGGGACCGGGCGAGUAGCGACCAUGCGGCGCGCGGCAACGUCAAGAUUCUGAUGGCGACCAACCGCCCCGACACGCUCGACCCGGCGCUGCUGCGGCCGGGCCGCAUCGACCGCAAGGUCGAGUUUGGGCUGCCCGACCUCGAGGGGCGCGCGUCCAUCUUCCAGAUCCACUCUCGCUCGAUGAACUGCGAGCGCGACAUCCGCUUCGAGCUACUGGCGCGGCUGUGCCCGAACUGCACCGGCGCCGACCUGCGCUCGGUCUGCAUUGAGGCGGGCAUGUUUGCGAUCCGCUCGAGGCGGAAGACCGUGACGGAGAAGGACAUGAUCGACGCCGUCAACAAGGUGAUCAAGGGCUACUCCAAGUUCUCGGCGACGCCAAAGUAUCUCGUGUACAACUAGAGGGCCGGGGCGUCGCCGAGAGGACUCGUAUCUGUAUCUGCUGCCACACGGACAGCGGUCGUUUUUCGCGUUGCGUUAAGUUGUUGCCUCGUCUCUAAUUUUAUCCCCCGGGCCCGCCGCCUGCACCGCUUGUGAGUUCUCAUCUU